UUGGCGUGCACCGAGGUUCGUCGCAUCUAAAUUGAGAGGUGGAACCGGCUUGUGCUGUCAAUAGAAGCGAGCAGCGCAGACUCGGUGGCAGAGGGCACAUGUAGCCUAUGUUAAUAAGACUGCAAGAGGGUAAGCGAUUGCUAUGGUCGAGUGUUGGUUUCGCUCAACCCCUGACAGGGAAGGCACAAGCCCCACGUGGUCGCUGGGGCGCAUUUGUCCAUGGCACGAUUAUUGCUCUUGCUCUUCCUCCACCCCUAAACACACUCAUCAAUUGUAAACAUAAGUCAAACACUUCCUCGAUUACUCAUCAAAUCAGCAAAAACAUCUGCAAAUCCCCCGUGGCGCAAUGGUCACCGCGUCCGACUGUUACCGCUCGACGGCACAUCGGGAGAUUGGAAGUUCGAUCCUUCCCGGGGGAGUUAUCUUUUUUGCCCAUCUCUUUCUCUUUUGCAUCCUGGAAGUUCUUCGAGUGCUCCGACGCACCUAUCCGCGUACUUGUUCGGCAUCAAACAAUCCGGCUCUUUUGCAUCUGAUCAUGGCUGCCUCUUGUACACCUAUAGCACUGUUGCUCAAUAUGAUCCAGUACUUGUUAACUCUUAUGGUUAC